ACAUUCUCUGAUCGUGAAUUGUUGUGCUUUAUAAAGAGACCGUAACAAUUUUUACACCUCUGCUUCUGCCUUACAUCGAGGGAACUCCCGCAUUUCCUUUAUUUUCUCCUCUUUUCUUGUCCGUCCCCCCUUUUUUUCUUCUUUUCCUUUGCCGUCCAAUUGUUUCUGUGUUUUGUUUGGGUUUUCCGGCGAUAACAUGUCGUCGGGGACCGCAAACAACUCGGCCACCGCCAACGGGAGCACCAUACCCACCACCACAAGACGACGCGCGCCUGAUUCUGACAACAAUAAUUCAUCUUCCGCUGCGGAUCAUUACAGCCCAGUUUGUAAUGAUGAAGAAUCCGACAACCCCACCGGUUACAUUCCCUCCGGUCCUGUCUCUUUCGGGGGCCAUUAUUUGCAGCAGCACCUCGUGAUAAAGUAUUUGCAGCCCCGAAGGAAGUUGUUGUUUUCUUGGGUGCCAGAUACGUGGUCCGUUUGGGUCGGCUACCCGUUCCGUUGGGUGAGCUUGAGAUCCGGUCGGAAAGUUGGCCGGAAAAUCAUGGGUCUUCUCUUUCUCAUGGCGAUUGUUUCCGUUUUCGUCAAAGUCUCGCUUCUCAGUACCCACGUUGAGGUUCACGGUAAAUGGCGAAAAGAGAACGGGCUGCUCAUCUUGCAGACGUUCAAAGAGGAUUGGGCCAUAGCGCAACGCGUCGUGAGCGAGACCGAAAGCUCCAUGCCCAAACGCGUUCUUGAAAGGAUCACCACCCCAGAUAUUUGGAUGAAACCAAGCAGUGAGAAUUAUUAUCAAUGUAUAUCUCGGCCUAAGAAUCGGAUAAGAUCAGGAUCAAAGUCUAAUGGCUAUCUCAUUGUUCAUGCCAAUGGUGGAUUGAAUCAAAUGAGAACAGGAAUAUGUGAUAUGGUUGCUGUUGCCAAGAUAAUGAAUGCCACCUUGGUUCUUCCUCAUCUUGACCAUGAGUCAUUUUGGACUGAUCCAAGUGGUUUCAAGGAUAUUUUUGAUUGGAGGCACUUCAUCAAUGUGCUGAAAGAUGACAUUGAGAUUGUUGAGUAUCUUCCUGCUAAGUACUCGUCGAUAAAGCCUCUGGUCAAGGCUCCUAUUUCGUGGUCGAAGGCUAGUUACUACAGAAGGGAGAUGCUACCAUUACUAAAGCGGCAUAAAGUGAUCAAGUUCACACAUACUGAUUCGAGGCUUGCUAAUAAUGGCCUUCCGAACUCCAUUCAAAGACUAAGGUGCCGGACCAAUUACGAGGCUCUCCGGUACACAAAAGAGAUAGAGGAUCUCGGGACAACUUUGGUUGAUAGACUAAAGAACAAUAAUGACCCAUAUAUAGCUUUACACUUAAGAUAUGAGAAAGAUAUGCUCGCAUUCACGGGCUGCAUCCAUAAUCUUACUGUGGAAGAAGCUGAUGAACUCACUGUUAUGAGAUACAAUGUUAGACAUUGGAAGGAGAAAGAGAUCGAUAGCGAAGAACGGCGAAGGCAGGGUGGAUGUCCAAUGACCCCUAGAGAAGCGGCUGUGUUCCUCAAGGCCAUGGGAUACCCUUCCACCACGCCUGUCUACAUUGUUGCAGGAGAGAUUUAUGGCAGUGAUAGCAUGGCUGCCUUCCGUGCAGAGUUCCCGAAUGUAUACUCGCAUUCGACUUUGGCAACAGAAGAAGAGUUGGAAAUGUUUAAGCCGUAUCAGAACCGUCUAGCUGCGUUGGAUUACAUUGUUGCACGUGAAAGUGAUGUCUUUGUUUAUACACACGAUGGGAAUAUGGCCAAAGCAGUGCAGGGGCACCGAAAGUUCGAAGGAUUUCUAAAGACCAUCAACCCUAACAGACAAAAUUUUGUCAAACUCAUCGAUCAGCUGGACGAAGGUGUAAUAUCGUGGGAGCAGUUUUCUUCCGAAGUAAAGAGUUUGCACUCGGACAGGCUCGGAGGUCCAUACACGAGACAGACCGGAGAAUCACCACGACUAGAGGAGAACUUUUAUGCAAAUCCCCUUCCAGGGUGCAUUUGUAAAAGAACUCGGGAACAGAAAAUCAUUGGCCAAAAGUUUGAUCAGACCUCGAGUUCAGUCCAAAGAUAGUAUUUUUGGUAGUGGCGAUAAGUUGGUUGAAUUAUACACUGCCCUCUGGAGGAUGGCUUGAUAGUGGAUUCUUGAAUUAAGGUGCUUUCUUCCUGUGGUGGGGAGACUUGCAGAGGCCAACUACAGGGCUUAGAAAUCUGUUUGUUUCAGGCGUCUCAUUCGAUUCGAUAUCGGCUGAAUUUAUGCGGUUCCGGUUUCAGUUUUGCUAGAAAGACCAAACCAGCGACUUAGGUAAAAAAGCACAGAGAAGAUGUAUAAUGGCAAAUAAAGUUAGUUAUAUAAGCACAAGCAUAUACGUCACAGGGUGGAAUCACAGCAUUGAUUUAUUCAUUAUUCUUUCAAUAAUUUGUUUGUAAACAGAAAAGAAAAAGAAAAGGUACAUUUGUCAAAUUAGCAUCUUACAAACUUGGAUGUAAUAUCUGAACACAUAAUGGAGAUUGUUUCCCAAAUGUUCC